GAGAUUGGCGACCUCGCCGUGUGGUCGCUGUCCACCGCCAAGCCCGGCAACGGCGUGGAGCAGCUGCGCGACGACGACGUCAACACGUACUGGCAGUCCGACGGGCCGCAGCCCCACCUCGUCAACAUCCAGUUUCACCGCAAGAUGGUGAUCCACCACAUCCGAGUCUACACCGACUUCAAGCUCGACGAGUCGUACACGCCGGCGAAGAUCUCGAUCCGAUCGGGCACGACCUUCCACGACCUGCAGGAGAUCCACGUGCAGGAGCUCCACGAGCCGAGCGGCUGGCACACCAUACUGCCGACGAUCGAGCAGGCGGCGGGCGGCGGCGAGGGCGGCGGCGGCCCGCUCCGGACGCACUUUAUUCAGGUGGCGGUGCUGGCCAACCACCAGAAUGGGCGCGACACACACAUACGCCAGAUCAAGAUCUACACGCCGCGCCGGCUGAUGGGGCGGCAUAUGGACCUCCCGCACUUUAGCUCG